CCAUUGCAAAUGCAAUGUAGUAGAAAACGCAAACCGUUAGAAAUGAAAUUGAAAUUAAAGUGAAAUUGCUAUUGAUUUUCUGCGGUUUGGUGUUUUGGUGAAUCGAAUUUGCAUUUGCAAUGGUGUCUAUGAUGGAUCAAUACGAGAUCAUGGAGCAGAUCGGUCGCGGUGCGUUCGGUGCUGCGAUUCUCGUUAACCAUAAAUCGGAGAAGAAGAAAUACGUGUUGAAGAAAAUUAGGCUUGCAAGGCAAACUGAACGGUGCAGAAGAUCUGCUCAUCAAGAGAUGGCUCUUAUUGCUCGAAUUAAACACCCUUACAUUGUAGAAUUCAAGGAGGCUUGGGUUGAGAAGGGUUGUUAUGUCUGCAUUGUUACUGGAUACUGUGAAGGUGGAGACGUGGCUGCAUUGAUGAAAAAAUCAAAUGGGGUUUAUUUUCCCGAGGAGAAACUCUGCAAAUGGGUUACUCAAUUACUUUUGGCAGUAGAAUACUUGCAUUCAAAUUUUGUUUUACACCGUGACCUAAAGUGUUCUAACAUCUUUCUUACAAAGGAUCAGGAUGUUCGACUGGGGGAUUUUGGGCUUGCUAAGACACUAAAAGCAGAUGAUUUGACUUCUUCGGUUGUAGGAACUCCCAACUAUAUGUGUCCUGAACUGCUUGCAGAUAUCCCUUAUGGAUUCAAAUCUGAUAUUUGGUCACUAGGGUGUUGUAUAUAUGAGAUGGCUGCUCACCGCCCUGCUUUCAAAGCUUAUGAUAUGACAGGAUUGAUAAGCAAGAUAAACCGUUCCUCUAUUGGUUCUUUGCCUCCCUGUUAUUCUCCGUCCUUGAAAACACUGAUAAAAGGCAUGCUGAGAAAAAACCCUGAGCAUCGCCCAACAGCAUCCGAAAUCUUAAAGCACCCUUAUUUGCAGCCUUAUGUUCACCAAUAUUGUUCAUCUCUCUGUCCUCCAACAGCCUCUUCUCCUGAAAAGACAAUCUCUGCUGUCCAUGAUCCUCAAAAAAUUUUAACCGAAAGUGAUAACAGUAAUUGUUUGAGUAGUGGCAAAGGUAGUUUGAUGUCACAUGAGAGAAACAUUGCAAAAGAAGUGACCAAGGGCGAUGGCAAAAUCACUGAGGUAGACCUGGCAUCGAUUAAUGAUGAUGGGUCUGAUCUUUUCAUGCUUGGUGGAGAAGGAAAUAGCUCCAGCAAUGUCAAUGCAAAAACUGAUAAACAGGAGGUUAGGAAGCAAACUCACAUUGAACACCACUCUUAUGUUAGAUCUAAGCAACCGAAAACAAUUAAGAAUGUCAUGAUGGCACCAAAACAUGAAAACGUUAGAGAGACAAGUUAUCCAAUGAGAGGCAAUCGGUUGAAGGCUGGUGGUAUAUCAAUACAGAAAAUAAAUACAGAGACAUUGUCUAAAUUGCCCAAACCCGAAAGUGUUACUGGUUUGAAGCCUACUUUAGAGGUGCCAACUAUUGUACCUUCAAAAGCAACCCUUAAUUCUGCAAAACGAUUCCAGGGAUCACAUACUUCAAAGCAUCAGCUACCAAUGAUAGAAUCUACACCAAAAACUAAACCUCGACAUAAUGUGGCAUCACCAUCAGGUCCUGUCAAACAAGUAGUAGCAGAAGUUAGAGUUCCUGUCAAGCCAAAACAAAAGACUCCUCCAAGCCUACUUAAGCCACCCUCGUUUCCAGGACGUAUAAGGCAGGCUGGGCAUGAUAUGGCAAAUGCAGAAAAUUAUGAAGGAAGGUUAAGUCCAAAAAAAAUAGCUCAGGAGCCUAAUAUGAGCCAUCAUCAGUUGACUUAUGGUCAUCUACCACAUGUUUCUAGAGAGCCAUUCAAGUCUUUUGAAAGCAGCACCAAAGGAAUGCAAACAGACAGCAGCAAUUCUGUCUCAACUUCAGUCUCUAUUCAAAGAUUCGAACUUUCUGACUUUGCAACCACGUUUAUUGACUUGAGUGAACCCAAAGUUCAUGAAAAUGGGAGUUUUAAUCAUACUGAAAAUGUGGAAUCACGUUCAGACAACAGUGGACCUGCUGAAAAUUUGUCUGGUGAAACCUCUCCAUUUACACCAAUUUUUCACAAUACCGUUACUAAUAAUGACAGUUGUCUCAUAAAUCAAACAACUACAUCUGCUGGUUGUGAGUAUCUUGAUCCCUCUGCCGAAGUCACACGAGAAAUGAAAGACCUUCCAGAUGUUUCUAAGGAAAUAGCUUCAACCAAUUCUCUCAAACAUCCACUCCCCAUAUCUGAAGAAAAGUCUGUUAGUGAAGUUAGUCCAGUAAGUUUGCCAAAUAAUAGGCCUGAUAAUGUUGACCAGCCAAAACUUAUGUGCAUCUCCACUGGUGAUGACAAAUUCAUGGUGAGGGAAAGGGCUCUGAUUAUAUCUACUACAAUCUCAAGCCAGAACGUUUUACAAGAAGAGGAGGGAAUGGUUUUACAGAACCCAGCAACUGAAACGACAGCUUAUGGUCAUCUUCCCCCAGCUUUUGAUGAUAUCAUCCAUGUUAUACGCCAUAGCAGUUAUCGUAUGGGGAGUGAGCUUCCGGUAAAGGAAUCAAUGGACAUGGGAGUUACAAAUGUAGAUAUCGGUAAACUUAUCAAUAUUGUAAAGGAUGGUUUAGAAAUGAGAAACACAGGAACUCCUUUGUCACUUAAAUCUUCAAACUUCUCUGAGGCUGCUAGCUUGAAGUCAAAUACCACUGAUAAUUUGGAAAUCAGAAACUUGAGCUUGAAGUCAAGUAUUUCCGACCAUCCUUGUGUUGAGGCGCAAGAUGUUAAAAUUCCUGAUUCCGCAAAAUAUACCAAAUAUAACCCUCCAACAUCCGAAGAAGAAAUACCAGCUAAGGAAUCUUUGGAUGUUAAAUCUUCCAAGCAGAGAGCUGAUGCACUUGAAGGGCUGUUAGAAUUAUCUGCAGAUUUGCUGCAACAAAAUAGAUUGGAGGAACUUGCAGUUGUUCUGAAGCCCUUUGGAAAAGAUAAGGUCUCCCCAAGGGAGACAGCCAUUUGGUUGGCUAAGAGUCUAAAAGGAUUGGUGGUUGAGGAAAGUGGGGGACGUAAUUAAUGAGUAUCCUUAUGCUGCUGUAAAUAGUAACAAUUCAAAUAAAUAACAUCAACUUACAGUCAAUUGUAUACGCUCUGGCCAAGCAUAGUUAAAUUGAUGCUCACUUCAAUACUUUCUAGAUCUUCCUAGAUGUGGUCAACGAGAAUUAGGAUUUGAUGGAUCAAACAACACUGAAACUAACAAUUUGGAAUGAAUGCUUUGUAAAUAAUAAAAUUAUUCAUUCAUAAAUUGAAAAAAGCAGAUAGGUGAUCUUAACGAUAGACUUGGCACAAGCACUUUUAUUACAGAAGCGUACUAUUUUCUAAUUGGCAGAUUGGUAACACUUUCACUAUCCUAAAUUAGGCGUGCAUAUACGUGUAGUUCCUCUUAAUGUUAGAUUCUCACUUCUCAGAUUCAUGUUUAUUUCCAAGAUGCUUCGUUGAAGCUGCUUCCAAUUUAGUUUAAAGUAUACCAUUGUAUACGUCAGAAUUGCUACCUCCUCAUGGUUAUUACAAUAUUUAAAUAUAGUAUAUACUUUGCCGUUUGUAAUUGUCACCUAUACUCAUUCUCGUACUUUUUCUUUCUUUGCCCAUUCUUUUUAUACCCUUCUGUUUUUUACACUACACAUUCGCCUUCACACUUCUAUUUCAUGAUUGUUAAUUGUUUGUUGCUAAAGAGAGAAAGUACAAAAAACUCAGCCAAAAUUUUUCUUUGCCUUCUAGCUAUAGCAUAACUUGUAGCACAUACUUCCAAAAUCUACAUGGAGUCUUAGCUAGAACCUCAUACUAGUACUUCAACACCCAGGUCCUCUAACUGUUAUCAUCGCUAUAGCUUGGAAUGUCAUGGACCCCCAUGAACCUCAUUUUCGUGUCAACUCAAUCUGUGUCCGAUUUCAGUAUCUCUGAUUCGGAGCUCAAAGGCAUGUACGAGAUAGAACUAAGCAUAACAAAUCCAAACAAAAAGGUAGAACUAAUGGUUGACCGUUUCUAUGUCUCAGUGUUUUAUGGCUCCGUGGAGCUCUCGAGGGCCAUUGUGCUACAACCCAUUCACUUGAAUAAGAACAGCGACAAGGAUGUGAAAGUUACGUUUAGCUUAAGGAAUCCAUCCACUAAUUAGUUAGCUCAUAAGGUGGUCUCUGAUGAGCUGGUUAAGGAUUAGAAUAAAGGGAUAGUGAACUUUGACUUGAAAAUGUUGGCUAGAGUUGUAUUUGAAGCUGGAAUAUGGGAAGUAGGGAAAAGUUCUUGGACAUUUACUGUGGCAAUCUCGAUGUUGGAUUCGUUGCCAUAAAAGACACAGGUAAGCUUUGAAAGUUAGGCGGAGGAAAGAAGCAUGAUCUUUUUGUAUAUUCUAUGUAGUAUGCAGUAACACCUAGGUUAGAUAGAAAAUCAACUAACAUGCUGGUGGGACAAAAUGAAAAUAUCAAUGGUGCUCAUGUUGGUUGUUGACGAUGUUGUGGUUGAUUUUCCCCAGUUACUAUUUUAAUUUUAAAUUUCUA